AUGAAUGUUGAGUGUAGUACCAGUAGUAGCAUGGCUGAAGUGGGAUCAGCGACCGGUAUUCACAAACGUUCUAAAAGCUUUCUAGACAAGAGUAAAUUUGAAGAAGAUGGUCUUCAACCUUCUGACAGACUUAAAUUAGACAAGGGACACUCAGAGAACUGUGUGAAUGCCAAGAAGAAUCACUUGCCUAAUGCAGAAGUUCAGAACUCUUUGAGGGAUGAGAUAUUGCAGCUCGAGAAAAAAUUACAAGAUCAAGUUUGCGAGCGUGGUGCGUUAGAACAAGCAUUAGGCUAUGGGUCUUCUGUUGAUAUUGCAAAUCAAGCCUCUAUUCCUAAGCCGGCAACAAAGCUUAUUAAAGAAAUUGCGGUUCUAGAAUACGAAGUUUCACAUUUGGAGCAGUAUCUUCUGUCGUUAUACCGAAAGGCAUUUGAUCAACAAAUUUCGUGCCCAUCUCCGUUAAGAAACGUUCAAAGAUUAAAAUCGCCAUUAAUUACUCCAAGAGGGAAGUAUCUUGAAAGUUGCAGGGCGGAUAUCUCGUUACAAGCCAAUUCAUGGCAAGAAGCCAACGGAUGUUCUGGAGAAGAAGAAGACCAACUUUUAGAUUCUGGUGUUCAACAUUGUCACUCUUCGGUAACUAGACCUUCUCCGGCGGAGAUUCUUGGCAAAGCGUUGCGUGCCUGCCGCUCACAACCACCAUCCAUGGUGGAGUAUGCGCAAACAACUUCCGGCGUAAUUAGUCUAGCGGAGCAUCUUGGCACUAGAAUAUCCGAUCACAUUCCCGAGACACCAAACAAGCUUUCAGAAGAUAUGGUCAAGUGCAUGUCGGCUAUAUACUGCAAGCUUGCUAACCCACCACUCGUGAACCAUGGCCUCUCGUCUCCCACAUCAUCUUCAUCAUCCACGAGCGCUUUCUCGCCAACACACCACUCCGACAUGAUUUGGGGUCCGGGGUUUCGAAGAGAUUCACCGUCUUUCGAUGUGCAGUUAGAUAACCCUUUUAUGGUUCAAGGGCUUAAGGAGUUCAGCGGACCUUAUAGUACAAUGGUCGAAGUUCAAUCUCUUUAUAAAGACAAUCAAAGACUUGAUGAAAUCGAACACAUGUUGCAACACUUCAGGUCACUUGUUUCUCGAUUAGAAGAAGUACAUCCGAAGAAACUGAAGCAUGAAGAGAAGCUCGCCUUUUGGAUUAACGUACAUAAUGCAUUGUUGAUGCAUGCUGUUUUGGCUUAUGGAAUCCCACAAAACAAUAUGAAGAGGGUCUUUCUGUUAUUGAAGGCUGCCUAUAACGUUGGUGGUCACAUCGUAAGUGCAGAUGUCAUUCAGAGCUCGAUUCUUGGAUGUCGAAUGGCUCGGCCUGGACAGUGGCUUCGAUUGUUAUUAUCUUUAAGAACGAAACUCAGAGCAGGAGAUGAUCGUCAACACUAUGCAAUCAACCAUCCAGAACCACUUUUGCACUUUGCCCUUUGUUCGGGAUGCCAUUCUGAUCCUGCGGUCCGUGUUUACACCCCGAAACGAGUGUUCCUAGAGCUAGAAACAGCGAAAGAAGAGUUCAUCAGGGCUACAUUCGGUGUAGGAAAGGAUCAAAGAAUUCUUUUACCGAAGAUCGUUGAAAGCUUUGGGAAAGAUUCCGGAUUAUGUGCAGCUGGCGUGAUCGAGAUGAUCCAACUUUGUUUACCGGACACAUUUAGAAAAAGCAUAAAGAAACAUCAGAUGGCUAAAUCGCGUAAGAAGAUCGAAUGGGUUCCUCAUGAUUUUGCUUUUCGGUAUCUGAUUUCUAAAGAUUUGGUGAACUGAAUCUUCGGUUCCGCCAUUGAUGAAGCUUCAAGCUUUUGAGUUGUGUUCUUGCUUUCUACGGCAAUGGUUCAAUGAUUCACAACAGGUAAUGCAAUGUAUAUUAUGGGCAAGGGCGAAAAUUAAAUGCAUCAAAAUGUAACGAAGUUUCGUGUAA